CUAAAACUUGGCAGUACUUUUUAUUAACAUCGCAUUUUAAAAAUUAUAAAUUUCGUUUUGUUGUGUAGCCCGUAAAAAAAUAAUUUUCUUUUAACAAAAUUUCCUUAAAAUAAUGUCCAAUAUACGUGAAAUAUUAACUUUACAAUUUGGUAAUUAUGCCAAUUAUAUAGGAGCUCACUGGUGGAAUAUACAAGAAUCGGGAUUUAGUUAUGACCAAUCUGGGGAACCAGGAGAAAUAUGUCAUGAUGUAUUGUACAGACAAGGAGUAAAUCAUAAUAAACAAACCACCUACACUCCACGUUUGCUGUUGGUGGAUUUGGAAGGUUCCCUCAAACAUUUACCACGUGAGGGAGAACUUUAUGGCAACAGUUUAAAAAGAGGUGGUAUCGAUGAUCUUGCUAAUGCUGAAAAUGUGGCCGAGCAUGAAGCGGUCAAGAAACUUAAAGAAGAUUUAUUUUGGCAACCCAGUGAACUGGAAGUGGUAGCCCAACCAGAAACUUCUAAACAUGAGUUUCAAGCUGAUCUCGAUAAGCCAGAAGUAAGCAUAGAAGAAAAAGAAUAUAAUUUAGCAGAAAAUGUUGAUACUUGGGCUGAUUUUCUCUAUGCACGUUAUCAUCCUCGUACUGUGAAUAUUGUCAAACAAUAUCGUCAUGACAGCGAAAAACAAACUUUGGACACAUUUUCACGCGGCUGUGAACUCUGGCAAACAGAAGAGUUUGAGGAUGAAUUUUGUGAUCGCAUACGUCAGUAUGUGGAGGAAUGUGAUUUCUUGCAAGGUUUCCAAACAUUAUUUGAUUCUUUUAAUGGUUUUUCUGGUUUGGCUACCAAAUGUUUGGAGUAUUUAAAUGAUGAAUAUGGUAAGGCGAAUAUGGCGGUGCCAGUUUAUUCGCCCAAGAAUGCUUUGUAUGAAAAUGCAGAUGAACCCAUGUCCGAUUCAAUACGUGUUGUCAAUAGUCUUUUAACCGUCAACCAACUUAUCGAACAGUCCUCUCUGUUUAUACCACUCAGUACACAAGAUCGUGUAUGGCGUCAACUGGGUUCAUCUCGCGAAUUUCCAUCAUUACAAUAUCAACACGAUAAUCUCUAUCAAACAUCCGCUAUAUUGGCCUCUUAUUUGGAUACUAUUUCAUUACGUUAUCGCCUUAGGAAUGCUCCUCCUACAAACACCCUCUCCGGCUUUUGUGGUGAUCUGACUAAUUAUGGUCGUAAAUUAGCUGCAGCAGCCUUUUCUUUACCUUUCAAUAUGGAAUACAAAAUGGAUCUUAUUGAUUGUUUGGAUAAAUUCGAAGGUUCACUUUUUACACAAUUAACACCGAAUUGUAAGAUAGGCACCAAUUACAUUAUACAAUCUCUAUGCGUAAGAGGAAUACCGGCAGAUCGUUUAAAACGACCACGAGAACAAGCAUCACAAGAACAAAUGCGCAUGGCCGCCUAUCGUUGUGAUUCCGUGUCACAAAUGUUUCAAUUAUAUCUACAGUGUUCUAAUCACAAUAGUAUGGCUCAUGUUACUUCACUACAGGCACCUAUGCCUACACGUAUACCCUAUCCAUGUGAAAUGUUUGAUGAUAACUUAACUACCUCAGGUUUUGUGAAUCCUUAUGAAAAACGUUCAAAGGAGGCGAAAGUUAAUACGGUACCUUGUGUAGCGGCCAUACAAUCGUCUAGUGAAUUGGCUGACACUUUAGAGACUUUACAUCGUGAGGCGAAAAGAAUAAAAAUUGCUAAAUUACAUCGUUUUAAGGCUAGCGGCUUGGAAGAGGAUGACUAUAGUGAAGCUUUGGAAAAUAUACUACAGUUUAAGGAUAACUAUGAAGAUAAUUUUGAAUUAUAGUCUAUAAAGAGAUUAUGACGAAUGAGUACGAGUAUUUAGUGCUGGCUGUAUGGAUAUUUUAAGAUAUUUUGAAAUAUACUUAAAGUGAGUUAUAAUAAAAUUUAAUUUAUUAAUGAUGUAAUAAAAACAUUUGCUUACAAAUGAUAUUUGUAUUAAUAAACGUUUUCAGAUUUCUUUUAAAU